AUGUCGAACAGUAUCAUCGCAAAUGCAACCGCUGCGCUAAGCGCAAUCACGCCUGUUAACGACAACAUCGGAGGGACGACACAAGGGAAUCAAAGCUCCUCAAGCAGUGAAGACUCAAGCGGAUCCCGACCUCAAGGAUCCUUUGGAAAAUAUAACAAGCAGAUGUUGAUAUCAAACUACCUCAACAGAGGCAAAGAAACGGGUAACCAAACUAAGCAACCUACAGGAAACAUUGCAGACAAAGGAAAAGAAAUAGGACAAAUCUACAAAAUUCUUUUGUCAGAUCCAGAAAAGUCGAACCAAGGCGGAGCGGUAGACACUCUGAUAGUAGAGAAAGGCUACAGACAAGGCCCUACCUCAACGGAUACGUCAGCGAAACGAUUGGAAGCCGAAUUCAGAAACAUGUUUGGUACUUCCGAAAAACUGCCACAAAUUCAAAAGAAACACCAUCUCGUUGAUAAAGAAGGAAAGUCUAACGACCCAACUCGACCCAACGAGAAAUCAGGCGACACCACGCAAGGUCCUACGGGUAUAGACCGAGUGAUUGAUCUAACCGACAAAGAAGAUUCACCAGUAUCCCUCUUCAACAAAACUCAUAGCGUCACUAAAAGUUUUAAAUUACCUGAAUCCACCUUCUCAGAAAACGGCCUAUCAUUCGAUUUUAGCAUUACUCCUGAUGCAAACGCCCAAUCACUUCCACUCUUCUUCCAAAAGAACAUGCAAACUUUGCAAGGACAACUACCCUUGACUAUCUUCAACAAAGCUUGGCAACAAACAGCAAGCAACAAUCAUGUAGAAUAUAAGAAGGGAGAGAAGGAGAUAGAAAAGUAUAGGGGAUACCCUUUCCCAGGUGAAUGGACACAGUCAAGAUUCGAGUGGGGUGAUAAUAUGGAUAAUUUCAUUAGCAUGCUGCGCGAAGACUACAAAUUCACCGGUUUCGCAGAUGCUAUGGAAAUUCACAAGAAAAAUGUGCACAACAUCUUCAGGCAGCAACGGUCUUGGGUGAUAGCAUUUAAAUACGACCUCACCAUAAGAAAAGCGGUAUUCGCAGUAAGGAAUCCAGAUCAGAAAGUACCUAAUCCGGCUCUGGAACCGGUUGGCCUCGUCAACGAGAUCUUCUACACAGCAAGAGCUCAAGAAGAUUUAAACACAGACGACAAUCCUUACAGAAAAGGCGGUCCUAAGGCCGGCAAAUACCCUUACUCAGACGUCUUAACCGACGCACCAGCACCAUCUACACUGGCUAAAACGAAUGUAGGUCCUUCGAGAAACUACAUUGAAAAGAAAGACAAACAACAAUUCAGAACUUCCGGACCAUACGGAAAUUACAAAGGUAGAAAUUUCAACCCUAAUCAUAAUAGGAAUGAUAACAGCAAAGACAAUGUGAAAGGGAAAGGAAAAGAAAAGGACACGUAG